ACUCUCCGCCUUACGUCAACGCCUGAAUGCCUACCUUCUCCAACUCCCGUGAACAAAAACGCCACGCAGCCUCCACUUCAAGCGCCGAAUGAUAAAUUCCAAUCCCAGGCAUCGCCAUCCCGUUGAGCUUAUUUACUGCUACCUAUACAAAGCGACGCGCUUAACCCGUACAGCGCUAUAGGCCUGUUAGCCGCACCUCCGAGAGUCAAGAUGGCGGUCUAUCACAGCCCCGAGGGCAGAAAGUUCUUCGUCCCGCUCGAGAACAACCCCCAGGUCUUCACCAAUCUGGCCCACGACCUAGGGAUGGACCCCAAGCUGGCGUUUCAUGAUGUCUACUCCCUCGACGAGCCGGACCUCCUAGCCAUGGUGCCGCGACCAGCACAUGCCCUCAUCUUCAUCACGCCCUCUAAUGCCUACCACGCCGUCGAGGCUGAAGAUGUGGCCGCUGGCAAAAGAACGCCAGCUCCUCCUGACCGGAAGACCUACUCAAUGGAGGGUUUUGACGACCUUUAUCCAACAGACGGCGUGCCCCCGGUACUCUGGUUCCCCCAGACAAUCGGCAACGCCUGCGGCAUGGUCGCCCUUGUCCACGCCCUACUCAACGGCUCCUUGCGCGAGCGCCUCUUGCCCUCAUCGUCUCUGGCAGGACUCCUCGACAAAGCUCUCGCGCUGCCCUUACCCACUCAGCGGGCGGAUCUGUUGUAUAACUCAGCCGUGCUGGAGGAAGCGCACAGCAAGGCGGCAGCCAGAGGCGAUACAGUGGCGCCCAAUGCCGAGGAUCCUAUCGGGUAUCACUUCAUGGCCUUUGUGAAAGGGAUGGACGGGAAUCUCUGGGGGUUGGAUGGAAGCUUUGGCGGGAUGAUGUGCUACGGACCUGUGAGCGAGGGAGAGGAUAUGCUAAGUAGCAAAGUCUUGGACAUUGGGGUGCGGCGUUUUAUUAACGCAGGAGAGGGGAGCGCCGAGUUUAGUAUUAUUGCACUAUCUGAGAGGGAAGAUUAAGCUUGCCGUUGGUAAAUCGAUGAUGCUUAUCCUACUGCCGAACUGCUACUACUCUUGUUUCCUGGGCCUACUGAUAUGAUAAAAUAAUCAGAAUCUCUUUGCGGAUACUCGAACUAGCAGAUAUCUCUUUACUCUUCAUUGUGAUUACAUGCCGUCUUUGAUGGACGUUCUUUCGUCCUUUGCUCAUGCAAUCUCUGCCUCGAUCAGCAUCUCAUACUGCUGGGGAUCAGGCCAAAACUUAACAAUCUUGAGCCCAGCCCCCGUCAACAAUUCCUCCCAUUGACUCUUUGUUCGCUCUGAAGCUGAAAGAAGGGACAUCAUCUGAACAUCCAUGGUAGUCUGACUGAUACUAGCUCCAGUUGGUGGUAGCACGAUAUCGUAGACGAAGAGCUUAGAGUAGCCCUUUGUCAUAGCAUCUUUGGUGUUCUGUAGAAGUUGGGUUGCUUGGGCAUCGGGCCAGUCAUGGAGAACAGCGUGCAUAAAGUAUGCCCGACAUCC